UCUUCAGGAAGAAAAAUGGUUAUGUCUUUGCACUCAUACCUGGGCUUAAUCUGUUUAUUGUUUUGCCACUGGACUGGGACAACAUCGCCUCUGAAUCUUGAAGAUCCUAAUGUGUGCAGCCACUGGGAAAGCUACUCAGUGACUGUGCAAGAGUCAUAUCCACAUCCCUUUGAUCAAAUUUACUACACCAGCUGCACGGACAUCCUGAACUGGUUCAAAUGCACGCGGCACAGAAUUAGUUACCGGACAGCUUAUCGGCAUGGAGAGAAAACUAUGUACAGACGCAAAUCCCAGUGUUGCCCUGGAUUUUAUGAAAGCAGGGAAAUGUGUGUCCCCCACUGCGCUGAUAAAUGUGUCCAUGGUCGCUGCAUCGCUCCAAACACCUGUCAGUGUGAGCCUGGCUGGGGUGGGACCAACUGCUCCAGUGCCUGCGACGGCGAUCACUGGGGGCCCCACUGCAGCAGCCGGUGCCAGUGCAAAAAUGGAGCCCUGUGCAACCCCAUCACGGGGGCUUGCCACUGUGCGGCGGGCUUCCGGGGCUGGCGCUGCGAGGACCGCUGCGAGCAGGGCACCUACGGCAACGACUGCCACCAGAGAUGCCAGUGCCAGAACGGGGCCACAUGCGACCACGUCACGGGGGAGUGCCGCUGCCCACCGGGCUACACUGGAGCCUUCUGUGAGGAUCUGUGUCCUCCUGGCAAACAUGGUCCACAGUGUGAGCAGAGGUGCCCUUGCCAGAAUGGAGGCGUGUGCCAUCACGUGACUGGAGAGUGCUCCUGCCCUUCUGGCUGGAUGGGCACAGUGUGUGGUCAGCCUUGCCCUGAAGGUCGCUUUGGCAAGAACUGCUCUCAGGAAUGUCAGUGCCAUAACGGAGGGACCUGCGAUGCUGCUACAGGCCAGUGUCACUGCAGCCCUGGGUACACAGGGGAACGGUGCCAGGACGAGUGUCCGGUUGGGACCUACGGCGUCCGCUGUGCCGAGACCUGCCGGUGCGUCAAUGGCGGGACCUGCUACCACGUGAGCGGCGCGUGCGCCUGCGAGGCCGGCUUCGCUGGAGAGCGCUGUGAGGCGCGCCUGUGCCCGGACGGCCUCUACGGCAUCAAAUGUGACAAGCGGUGCCCCUGCCACCUGGACAACACUCACAGCUGUCACCCCAUGUCUGGAGAGUGUGCCUGCAGGCCGGGCUGGUCUGGGCUGUACUGCAAUGAAACAUGCUCUCCUGGGUUCUACGGGGAAGCUUGCCAACAGAUCUGCAGCUGCCAAAACGGGGCCGACUGUGACAGUGUGACUGGAAAGUGCACCUGUGCGCCAGGAUUCACAGGAAUUGACUGCUCUACGCCAUGCCCUCUGGGAACCUACGGGAUAAAUUGUUCUUCUCGCUGCGGCUGUAAAAACGAUGCAGCCUGUUCUCCUGUGGACGGGUCGUGCGCCUGCAAGGCAGGCUGGCACGGGGUGGACUGCUCCAUCAGCUGUCCCAGUGGCACGUGGGGAUUUGGCUGUAACUUAACAUGCCAGUGCCUCAAUGGCGGAGCCUGCAAUACCCUGGACGGGACCUGCACCUGUGCACCUGGAUGGCGUGGGGAGAAGUGCGAACUUGCCUGCCAGGAUGGCACGUACGGGCUGAACUGUGCUGAGCGCUGUGACUGCAGCCAUGCAGAUGGCUGCCAUGCCACGACUGGUCAUUGCCGUUGCCUCCCUGGAUGGUCAGGAGUCCACUGUGACAGCGUGUGCGCCGAGGGACGCUGGGGUCCCAACUGCUCCCUGCCCUGCUACUGUAAAAAUGGGGCCUCGUGCUCCCCCGACGAUGGCAUCUGUGAGUGUGCACCAGGGUUCCGGGGCACCACGUGUCAGAGAAUCUGUUCCCCUGGUUUUUAUGGACAUCGCUGCAGCCAGACGUGCCCACAGUGUGUUCACAGCAGCGGGCCCUGCCACCACAUCACGGGUCUCUGUGACUGCCUGCCCGGCUUCACGGGUGCCCUGUGCAAUGAAGUGUGUCCCAGUGGCAGAUUUGGGAAAAACUGUGCAGGAAUUUGUACCUGCACCAACAACGGGACCUGUAACCCCAUUGAUCGAUCCUGCCAGUGUUACCCGGGGUGGAUCGGCAGUGACUGCUCUCAGCCAUGUCCCCCUGCCCACUGGGGCCCAAACUGUAUUCACACCUGCAAUUGCCACAACGGGGCCUUCUGCAGCGCCUAUGACGGGGAAUGUAAAUGCACUCCUGGCUGGACGGGGCUCUACUGCACUCAGAGAUGUCCUCUGGGGUUUUAUGGAAAGGACUGUGCGUUGAUAUGCCUGUGUCAAAACGGAGCUGACUGCGACCACAUCUCUGGGCAGUGUACUUGCCGCACGGGAUUCAUGGGGAGGCACUGUGAGCAGAAGUGCCCUGCAGGGACAUAUGGCUAUGGCUGUCGCCAGAUAUGUGACUGUCUCAACAACUCCACCUGUGACCACGUCACAGGGACCUGUUACUGCAGCCCAGGAUGGAAGGGGGCACGGUGUGAUCAAGCUGGUGUUAUAAUAGUUGGGAAUCUGAACAGCUUAAGCCGAACCAGCACUGCCCUCCCUGCCGACUCCUACCAGAUCGGCGCCAUUGCGGGCAUCAUCAUCCUGGUCCUGGUUGUGCUCUUCCUGCUGGGCUUGUUCAUUAUUUACAGACACAAGCAGAAGGGGAAGGAGUCGGGCAUGCCCGCCGUUACCUACACCCCUGCCAUGAGGGUCAUCAAUGCAGACUAUACCAUCUCAGAGACCCUUCCUCACAGCAAUGGUGGAAAUGCUAACAGCCAUUACUUCACCAAUCCCAGCUACCACACCCUGACUCAGUGUGCCACGUCCCCUCAUGUCAACAAUAGAGACAGGAUGACCAUUGCCAAGUCAAAAAAUAAUCAGCUGUUUGUGAAUCUGAAAAAUGUGAAUCCCGGGAAGAGAGGCCCCAUGGUGGACUGCACGGGGACACUGCCUGCAGACUGGAAGCAUGGCGGCUACCUGAAUGAGCUGGGUGCUUUUGGACUUGACAGAAGCUAUAUGGGAAAAUCCUUAAAAGACCUGGGAAAGAAUUCUGAAUAUAAUUCAAGUAACUGCUCCCUAAGCAGUUCUGAAAACCCAUACGCGACUAUUAAAGACCCACCUGUACUGAUCCCUAAAAACUCAGAGUGUGGCUAUGUGGAAAUGAAGUCACCGGCACGAAGAGACUCCCCCUAUGCAGAGAUCAAUAACUCAACUUCAGCCAACAAGAAUGUCUAUGAAGUUGAACCUACAGUGAGUGUUGUCCAAGGAAUAUUCAGCAAUAAUGGGCAUCUCACCCAGGACCCGUACGACCUCCCCAAGAACAGUCACAUCCCUUGCCACUAUGACCUGCUGCCAGUCCGAGACAGUUCAUCCUCCCCCAAGCAAGAGGACAGUGGCAGCAGCAGCAGCAGCAGCGAAUGACACCAAAGGACCUCUGGGUAGCUGCUGGAACCAUUUCUAGAACUGCAGUUCAGUUCUUCUCCAUCCUCAAGCUUGCCACCCUACGUGAAUGCUAGUCAACUUGGUAGGCAGUUGUGGGACAUGAACCAGAAAGCUCAGAGCUCAGGCUGACACUGACUGUGGGUGCUUUUUCUACAGGUGGCUCAGAAGGAGUUGGAGACGUGAUUUCUCACUACCGUUAGUUUUAGAACUGCAGCUAUGAAGCAUGACUUAUUGUAAGAUGCCGGCUAAAAGCUCGAACUUGCAGAACUCCUUUGGGUUGCAGUAGAUAUUUGUAUGAUCGCUUGAAAAAAGUAAAAUUUAAAUAUUUUCUUCUUCAUUUGCAUCAUAGAGCUGCACAUAGGAUUGUGCAGUUUACCAUGAAAUUUCCUCUUUGAAAGUGAGGAUCACUAAACAUGUACAAAAAAGGGCGCAUUAUUGAGUUUUAUCGAUCCGACUUUUCAGCUGGACAGAAUUGUAGGACAAUAUGGAUGGAGGAGGACACAUCCUGUCAGGUGGUGUGACUGGGGAGACUGAGUAAUCUCUAGAAGUGGAUAGCAAAUUGAAAUAUGGAAACUUUCAUUUUGUUUUAGAAUGAGGAAAUGUAUCAUUAGAAUUUUUUAGAAAUAGUGGAAGUGUUGCAGAAUUCAGUUUACAAAUGUGCUAGGCAGGGAUGGUUUUUCUCUCUCUUUGACCCUUGGCCCACUUUAGACUCGUAAUUUAUCCUGGUCAUUGUCCCCAUCAUACAUAUUCACCACUUGCGAUUCAUAACAUAUCAAUUAUUAUUUCGUAACUAUAGAAUGGAAUAAUUUUAUUUUUGACAGGAUGGAUUGAAUGAGUGUGUGAUGAUUGGUAAAAGUUGUACAUUUCAAGUGUAAGAAGAUGCUUACAUUUUGUAAACCAUUGGUAAUACAUGUUGUAAUAUAGAAUUAGCAAAAGUUUUGAUUAAUUUUUCCUUAGAAGUGACCGAAAUAUUUUUUGUGCAUAUUUGAAAAAAUGGCACUUUCCUUUUAUUAAUUGUUGAUUUAGAGAAAUUAUGCUUAAGCUGGUCUUUUGCAUUGCUAAUAUUACAUGUGCCCCAUUUUUCAUUCAUUCGUAUUUUCAUUUUUCAGUUGUAUAUUCUAUGUUUUGUAGUGUUUGGGUUGUUAAUGAAAAACUAUUAUAUUAUAUGUUCAUUGUUUCUUAUAUUAUUGCCACUCAUUUUUUGCUUGGUAAAAAU